GGCAGUGCAGGAGAGGCAGAGACGUUCACCCAAACGGAGAUGUGUGGCUGACUGAGCGACUGUGAAGGAAGCCUGAUCUUCCCCUCAGGAGCGCUUCUACUGCGAGGAUGAGGCACCUCUGAACAGAAUUCUCCAUAAUCCCAGAGAAGAAGCCUCUUUUCUUUAAAAUACGAUAACCGAGACAUCUUGUAGUCGAGUUGCCGUGCUGUGUGGUGGUAAGUCCAUGCAUGGUGACAGACUGUCCAUCCUGGCCUUAUUUCUGAAACGCAGCAGGUGAGCGCAGAGCUGCAGACAAGGACUACACAGUAUAGAAAGAGGGAAGACAUCCAAACGGAUGGCCGCACCCUUUGUACCAGUGCCUGUCCCUAUGGAAAGGGCCCUGUCAGGGGCUCCUAACCCCAGACGGCCCCAGCGAGCCUCAAGUCUGGGCAGUGCGUCCAGCAGUUCAGAAUCCUCCUCCACUAAAGGCCCAGGAGAUGAGAGCAGCUUAGGAAGGCGAGGGACCAGCACCGGAGCCUCUGGCUCAGACCGAAGCUGCUUCACUCCGCCCUGUCAGAGCCCCUAUACUCGGGCCAGGAUGAACGGCUUGGACCCCGCAGUGGAGUACUCCAGCUGCCCACGGCCGGACACACCGCCAGAGACCCCCAGUUGGGAAGAAAGACCCAUAACCCCGACAGUGCUGGGUUACGAGGUCAUGGAAGAACGAGCCAAGUUCACGGUGUAUAAGAUUCUGGUGAGGAAGUCUCAGGAGGAGAGCUGGGUGGUGUUUCGGCGCUACACAGACUUUUCUAGACUCAACGACAAGUUGAAGGAGAUGUUUCCUGGGUUCCGGCUCUCUCUGCCACCUAAGCGCUGGUUUAAAGAUAACUAUAAUGCAGACUUCCUGGAGGACAGACAGUUAGGCCUGCAGGCCUUCCUACAAAACCUGGUGGCUCACAAAGACAUCGCCAACUGUGUUGCUGUACGAGAGUUCCUUUGUCUGGAUGACCCACCAGGUCCUUUCGACAGUCUGGAGGAGAGUCGGGCGUUCUGUGAGACUCUGGAGGAGAGUAACUACCGGCUGCAGAAGGAGCUGCUGGAAAAACAGAGGGAGAUCAGCACCUUAAAGAAGCUGCUGGAGGAGAAAGAGCUCUACAUACACCUGCUUGAAAAAAGGAUCAAUGGCGAGUCUCUGACUCCAGAGAGCCCUUGUGGUCUGUCUGCUCAAGGCAGUGAGAGCAGUGUGGAUGCAGAUGGAGAGGUGGAGUCCUCUACCGCCGAGGCAGAUCAGGACAUGCCAGAGGAAAACGGCAGUUGUGAGAAGCAGGCGUCACGGAGCUCAUCGUCAUGCUGGUGCGGGCCGGCCAUUAGCCGCUCUCCUCCAGUCAUCCAGGUCACUCAGCUGGAAAAGUGAACUACAACCAGUACUGCACUUCCUUUCCUCGCUCUUGUCUUUGUUCUCCGUCUCUCUGUUCUCUUGCACUCUAUUCUCUAUGCUGCAGUGAGAUGCCAGUCUCUCCUAACUUCAUGGUUGAUGAACUGCGACAGACAGACAGGGGUUGUCUGUCUGUGGUCAGCAUCAAAAACCAUAACUGAAGAUCAGACAGGCAUGCUCACCCAUAAGAUUCGUGAAAGGAAGCAGACCUGUCCGGGAGAGGGGCUGAAAUCUGGAAUAUCUUUUAAAACAACAGAGCUUCUUCUGAAUGCACUGUGGAUAAUCUGAAUGUGCUCCAUUCAUUUGCAGACAAAUAUAAUUACUUCAGACUCUUCUAGUCAUGAAUUGACUGGAGGAAAAAGGCUUCUUCAAAGCUGCAUUUACUGAGGACUGCAAUAUCUACCUUAUGGUGGACGACCAGCCAAAGAGGGCUUCUCAACCAAAAUAUACGGACGGAGACUAACUUAAUUUUUGCUCCUUAAACCAGAGGCAUCUCAUAUAAUGUCAACUUUGUGACAAUCCAGAAACAGAGACUGCAUUUGCUCUCUUGCUCUCUUCAAUGUCUAAAAACACACAACAGAGCAGUGCCCCUUGUGGCUAAUACAGCUACUGCAGUCAUCAACUCAGGAAGGACAAUAACAAAGACUGAGAUUUCCCCUGUGCUGCUGUCAUAUUAUCAGGGCUGUGAUCACAAGACCCAGUGUAAAAAAACUAUAACUCCAGUUGGUCUCUGGUUUAAAGCCUCCGUCUCUGAAUUUUGCCUUUUGUGUCAUCGUGUUGCUUCGCAACGCACUGCCAUAGCUUCAUUGAUAAUAGGAGGGCAAAGAAUAUGUGUAGGGGGAUGAAAAUAUUUGAAUUUUAUAAGCCU